AUGAAGGCUGAGCUUCAGGCUCUUGACCGUAAUCGCACCUGGGAAUUGGUUCGUUUGCCAGAUGGUAAGCGUACAGUUGGCUGUCAUUGGAUUUAUAAGAUCAAGUAUAAUAGUGAUGAAUCGAUCGAGAGAUACAAGGCAAGACUGGUUGCCAAAGGUAAACUUAGUGCUGCCCUUAUUAGAUUUGGCUUCAAAAGAGGAGAAUCUGACUCGUCAAUGUUUACUAAAAACAAUGACCAAGGUAUUGUAAUUGUUCUUGUCGUUGAUGAUCUUGUCAUCACUGGCAGCAAUCGAUCUGGAAUUGAUGCUCUCAAGCACCAUUUGAGCCGAGAAUUUGACAUCAAAGAUCUCGGAAGAGGGAUUUUGAUGAAGAAUAAUGGUCACACAGAAAUUGUUGGGUACACUGAUGCAGAUUGGGCCAGAAGCCCCAUGGACAGGAAAUCUACCACCGGAUUUUGUACUUUUGUCGGUGGAAACAUUGUUACCUAG